AUGUUUUUUGUAGACUCGUUGAGUGAGUUUAAGAAUGUGGAAAAGGAACUUUUCUUCAGCAAUAGUAUCAGCGUUGUAAUUGUUACAUUAUUGUACCUUCUUGUAAAUAUUGCAUUUAUUUCUGUUAUAUCUGGAGAAACUCUAAACGAUGGAAAGAUCAAUCAAACGAUAGCCGCAACCUUUUUUAGUCAAUUAUUUGGUGGAAAUGAGAAAAUAGUUAGAAUCUUUACUUUUCUAAUUGUGCUUUCAAUAAUUAGUUCUGCUGCAACAAAUGUAUGGAGUGGAUCAAGAGUAAUUGUUACAACAGCAAGAUCAAACUUUUUUCCGAUUUAUUCAGAACAAUUAAAAAUUUGGCAUGAAUAUUUUAAUACUUCAAUUAACGCUUUAAUAUUGCAAUUCAUUUGGAAUUCAUUUAUUAUAUUGAUCGUCGGUAGUAGUUUUACUAUUACCAAUUUUGAAUUAUUUUCAUCAUUUUCAAUGUAUAGUUAUUGGAUCUUUUACGUUGCUACUGGUAUAGGAUUAUUUGUAAUUCAACAUAGAGAACAUAGAGAAUUAAGGGACAAUGUACAUGAACAUGAUCAAGAAAAUAAUUCAAUUAGUAGCGACGGAAGUGAAACAAAAUUAUUUGAAGUUCCAUUAUUUAUAACAGUAAUUUUUAUAUUAGCAGGAUUAUAUAUUUUGAUAUUUUCCUUUGUAAUUAACGUUAAAUGUCCAGAAUCUAUAGCAUCUGAAUCAAUUGAAUGUAGUAAAUAUUUAACAACACAAAGAGUUCAACAAAUAGCACCAUUUUUUAUUAGUUACGGAUCUCUUUUUAUUGCUUUAAUGUCUUGGUAUUAUUGGUGGAAAAGUACCUAG